AUGAAGCUGGAGGUGUUCUCCGCGCACCACUUCGUGCACAAGCCGCUGGAGCUGUGCAUGGACCCAGAGGGGGGUCUCCCGUCCCCUCUGUCCGGGGACGAGCUCGGCUCGGACGGGGACUGCGUGGCCAACAGCCCGGCACCUGUCCUCCAGGGAGGAGGAGGAGGAGGAGGAGGAGGAGGGGGUGGGGGUGACGGGUCCAAGGGGAAGCCGUACACCCGCAGACCCAAGCCUCCCUACUCCUACAUCGCCCUCAUCGCCAUGGCCAUCCGGGAGGCCGGCUCCGGCCGCCUGACUCUGGCGGAGAUCAACGACUUCCUGAUGAAGAAGUUCCCGUUCUUCCGCGGCAGCUACACCGGCUGGAGGAACUCGGUCCGGCACAACCUGUCCCUGAACGACUGCUUCCUCAAGGUGCUCCGGGACCCGGCGCGGCCCUGGGGCAAGGACAACUACUGGAUGCUCAACCCGCACAGCGAGUACACCUUCGCGGACGGAGUGUUCCGGCGCCGGAGGAAGCGCAUCGCCAAGAGGGGUCCCAAGCAGGAGCAGGACCCCCGGAGCGAGGACCCCCGGAGCCAGGACCCCCGGAGCCAGGACCCCCGGAGCCAGGACCCCCGGAGCGAGGCCAAGUUCUCCAGCUCCUUCGCCAUCGACAGCAUCCUCAGCACACCUUUCAUACGCAGGGAGGAGAGCCCCGUGGAGGUGGACCCCCAGGGACCCCCCCGGCUCUACUGGCCCCCAGGGGCCCCCGUGCUGCCGUACCCUCUGAACUACCCGGUCCAGUACCUGUCCGACCCGGGGUCCGGCAGGGACCCGGUCUCGUACCUCCGGUCCCCGGUACCGGGCCCCAGCGGAGCCGAGGCCGCCUUCAGGGUCCCCAACCGGGCGAGGUGCUUCCACAUAGACUCCCUGCUGUCAUGA